AUGGACGUAACAGAAGAAAUAUUCAAUGGAAUGAAGAAAAAAUUCAACGCCUCUAUGGAGACGAUAUUGUGUCGUCGGAAAAAAGUCACCAACGUAAUGAUUACCAAAGAAGAAUACUUUCAAAUCAUUGAAAGACUCAAAUUACCUAAAGUUGAUCGAAAAUAUCAAAACUAUGACGUCAUAAAUCUUGAUGAUGGUAGUUUUCGACUUAUUGUUAAUAAAAAUGACAAACCUAAUGCACCCACAAAAUAUUACGUUCACAUGGACGAAACGUUCCAAAUCAUUUACGAAACUCACAUGAAAAAUGGUCAUUGUGGACGGAAUCGAAUGGAAAAAGAAAUCAAUACCGUUUACAGAAAUAUCACUCGAGAAAUGAUUAGGAACUUUUUGUUUCUCUGUUACAUUUGUGAGCAGAAAAGACCUGCUCCUAAGAUUGUCGAAAAAGAAAAACCCGAAUCUAGAGGUUUUGAGACAAGAUUCCCUAGAUGUCAAGUCAAUGUUAUGGAUAUGGUGGAUAAACAUGAUGGACCUUAUAAGUAUAUCCUUGUUUAUGAGGAUUAUCAGACGAAAUUCGUUCAGUUGCGUCCAUUGAAGACCUGUCGAAUUGAAGAGAUAGUUGGUAUACUUUUGAAGAUAUUUACGACAUUCGGAGCACCGGCAAUUAUUCAUAGUGACAAUGGUCGGGAUUUUGCUAGUAAAAUUAUCCAAGAACUUGGCAAUCAAUGGAAAGAUGUCAAAAUGGUUCAUGGACAACCGCAGUUUAGUUCGUUAAAUCAAGAUGUCCUGGAAUUACUUGAAAUGUGGAUGGAAAAGAAUACAAUAGGCAAAUGGUCGAAAUGUCUUCGUUAUGUUCAGUUGAUGAAGAAUAAAUGUCAUCACAAGGCGUUAAAUUGUACUUCCUACGAAGCCAUGUUUGGAGUAAAAUGUAUAAUUGGACUAAAUGAUUGUAAUUUGCCGAAGAGUAAACUGGAUGAAAUUAAGUCGGAAGAGGAUUUACAUGUUUUUCUAAAAGAUGAUGAGGUUUUGAGAGUUAAACAGGAAGUUAAAGAUGACAAUACUGAAGAAGAAUCAUUUGAUUGCUUUGAAGACUAUUUGAAUUCGUUGAAACAGGAGGCAGAGAGCGAGGGAGAUGACGAGAAUAGUGUGGUUUUUGUACCGCCAGCGAAGAUUAUGAGACUUUCGUAG